UAGAUCAUUUCGCGCUUGCAGAAUGUCUCAAAUCUUGGCGUCGUCUACUAGUUACAUAACCCGAGAAGAAGCUGCAGAGUUGGCCGGUAAGAUUUUUAGCGUAAAAAAGUUGAAAACCAUCAGUUUAAAAACAGAACCCUUCUCUAUUGAAAAACUUGGAUAUCUGAGCGAACAAUCGCUUCUGACCAUACACGCGCAGGAGGAUAUUGAUGACCGUGAGUCAACACAUGAUUGCACUUUUUUUGCAAAGACGCUUGCACCAGAGAGCAACGCUUUUGUUAAACGUGUUUUUCGGGAAGAAAGUCACUUUUAUGGUAACUUUAUACCACUGCUUCGGAAUUUUCACGUCGAGUCUUGGGCACCGCAAUGUCACCUCGUCAAAGAAAAUGUACUGGUUCUGGAUGAUCUAAAGUCACAAGGAUUCCACUUGGCUGCUGGAAAAUUAACCACGAAACAAUUAAGAGCCGCAAUUGCGGCGUUGGCGCGGUUCCAUGCUUCCUCAAUAUUACUAGAGAAGCAGCUGAAAGUGCCUUUGACAGCUGCAUUUCCAGGCUUUUUCGGAGCGCGAAAAUUCAAGAAUGAUGACGGGCCGAAUUCACGGUUUCUCGCAACUGGCAUGGAAGUGGGCGAAAGUAUAGCUUGCGAUUUGGGUCUUGACUCGAAGUACGUUACGAUGGCUUACCAUAUUGUAACUCAGGGAAAUCAUCUGACAGGCAGCAAGUGGAAUGUUAUUUGCCAUCAAGAUCUUUGGGUAAACAAUAUGAUGUUCUCAGAAGAUGACGAGUCUUGUCGACUUUUAGAUUUUCAAACUGUUGCUUAUGGCUCUUUUGCUACAGAUGUCGUGCAAAUACUUCAUCUGAACUUGGAUAGAGCCACGAGACUGGAACUUGAAAAUUUUUCUUUAGAACUCUAUCAUUCAGUGCUGAAAGAAGUUCUUCUUCUCAAUGUUGUACAUCUCGGUCCUCUAGUGUAUUUGAACAAACAGUUCACUGAAGAAUACACGAGAAAUCCUGUUCUUCAGCAAUCAUACGAUCUCGUGAGCCGUAAAGAUUUUGUUAAGAAGGUCAUGCAAUCAGACCAAGAUUAUCGCUGUAGAUUGGAAGAAGCUGUAAAAGAACUUGUCAAUUACGUAGACAAGAAUAGAUUUUUCCAAUAAUAAAACACAUAUUCAGUUUUAUUUAAUUGUUUGUAGUUACAACAUGUAAAUGCUUUUAUGAAUUGCGUUCGUAAGAUCUGCUUGUAAUAUUUUUAGUUGUAACGUUGUGACAUAUUGCUUUCAUAUCUAUAAGCCAAAUCAAUAUAUCAU